AUGGCCAAGACUCUUUACGCUAUUGUCUUUGCGGUGUUCCUCAGCGGGGUCUGGACACUGAGCAAAAUCGGCCGACGACCCAAAGCGUUGCCCCCUGGACCACCCACGCUCCCGAUACUGGGCAACCUGCACCAGAUCCCCUCCCAGAAAAGUCACCUCAAGUUUGAGAGAUGGAGUCGCGAAUACGGUCCUAUCUACUCUCUCGUGCUCGGGACACGCCCCGUGAUUGUGCUCAACUCCGCCCAAGCCGUCAAGGAUCUCCUCGACCGACGCGGGGCAAUCUACUCCUCUCGGCCAGAGAGCUACAUGGCUCAAGCCGUGCUGAGCGGUGGAUUGAGAGUACUGUUCAUGGACGAUGGCUCGAUGUGGAAGACAGUUCGACAGCUUGCGCAUCGCAUCCUCAACGUUGCAGCGGCGCGGACCUAUGUCCCGUAUCAGGACCUUGAGAACCGGGCCAUGCUGAAGAGCAUGCUGGAGGCGCCAGCGCAGUUCAUCAAUCACAUCCGCCGCUAUUCCGGCUCGUUGACGACGCAGAUGGCCUUUGGGUUUCGGACCACCACUAUCGAGGAUUCGAAAUUCAAGCAGACCUUUGAUAUCUUCGAUCGAAAUUCCGAGAUUACCACGUCCACGGCCGCGAGCUUACUAGAUCUGUUUCCUAUCCUCCAGUCCCUGCCGGAUUGCAUGCUGCCGCUGGUCCAGGAAGCGAGGGAAUUGCACCGCCAGGAGUGCCAGUUGUUCCGAGAGUACUAUCUGGACGCCAAACGAAGACUCCAGGAUGGCACGGCCAAGCCCUGUGUAUGCGUCGACCUGGUCCGCAUGCAACAGACCGAGGAUUUCUCCGACGACAUGGCCGCCUACAUCAGCGGGGCGCUGCUGCAGGCGGGCUCCGAAACGACCGCCAGCAUCCUGGUGGGCUUCAUCCAGGCGAUGGUGAUUUUCCCCGACGUCGCGCGGGCCGCCCAGGCCGAGCUGGACCGGGUCUGCGGCGACCGACUGCCCGAUCUCAACGACGUGCCGGAGUUGCCCUACAUCCGCGCCUGCGCGAAGGAGACCCUCCGAUGGAUGCCCGGCUUCCUGCUGGGGAUUCCGCACGCCACGACCCAGGAGGAUACGUAUCUCGGGUAUCGGAUCCCCAAGGGGGCGACGGUGAUUAUGAAUGUCUGGGCGCUACACUCCAACCCCGACCGGUAUCCCAAUCCACUCCAGUUUGAGCCAAUGCGCUAUAUCGACGACCACCAGACCUCGGAGGAGGCGGCCACCAACGCCGACGUGCUCCAACGCGAUCACUUCGUCUUCGGGGCUGGCCGCCGCCGCUGCCAAGGCAUGCACAUCGCGGACCGGUCGAUGUAUCUUGCCAUCUCGCGGCUGCUGUGGGUGUUCGACCUCAAGCGAGUCAUCGACCCAGUCACCAAACGGGAGGUGGUGCCCGAUCCGGAUGCGCUGGUGGAGGGCUUCAUGGCGAUGCCUAAGCCCUUCCCAGUGAAUAUCACCCCAAGGAGUGAGGAGAAGGCCCAACGCGUCCGGGAAGAGUGGCAGAAGGUCCGACCCAUGUUGGAUGAGGCGGGUCAGUGGAAGGCUGUCCCAGAAGGGUUGAUCUGGAAGGAUGAGGUGGAAACUGUCUGAUAUGAC